AUGUUCAAUAGUAUUUCCAGACCGGAUGCUAUGACUUGGUAUGCAAGGACACGGUUCUACCAUAUCGUCGAUUUGACAGUCUCACUCUUGAACCCGACAGAACAGGCGGCGCAGAAGGUCCAUCCGCUUUAUCGCCUUACACAUGUUCAAUCGACAAAUACUUAUCCUUCAAUCGUUGAUUGGAUCCCCUUCCCUUCUAUUCGAGAUAAGAUGAUUCUUCUGCAUUCCGGAAAUCCCAACGUCGACGAUAUCUUCUGUGAUGCGGUGAGUGGAUACGUUGUUCAAACAUAUAUGUCAGAACUCGUUGAAGGUGCCUCUGUUCUUCCUGUGCAUGUCCGUGUACUCGAUCUCAUUAAAGCUAUGGAUGAGAAAUCGAAACCAAGUGAUGUCGCAAAGCUUCCUGCAUCGAACGCUCGGGCAAUCUUCGAGUCGCCGGGAACUGCCCGCUUGGUCUUUCAGAAGUUGCGCAUGGACCAUGGAGUUUCGCAGUAUAUGAUGGACCCGGCAUUUUUCCAGAAGUAUCCUGAGCUGUAUGAUCCCGAUGCGGAUAUUAUGGCACAUGGGGUGGCUCUUCGACCUCAGAGACAGGCGGUUUUGUCAAGGCCGAAGUCUUUGGACUCGGUUACAUUAAAGGCGUAUCGAGAUUUCACCGAUUUUUCAUCGGAUCUAAUUUGGAAGUCUUAUCAGGACGCAUUGCUGAGUGGUUGGGUGCCAGAUAUAUCGGGAUUAGGAGCCCUGGAUGACUGUCAAGUUGUGUUGUAA